AUGACGGAUCCAGAUCCAGAGCGCCAUCUGAAGAAAGUGCUGAAUGUGAUCGGUGUCAGUACGAAAAUCGGUAAUGUGUUACAGCUGGUCAAGCGCCGACGUGGGAGUCCUCCGAAGAUUACGGAAGAGCAGGAAAUUCAACAACGGCUCGAGAAAUCUAAAGAGGCGCGCUCGGAACGCCUUAAUAUAUUGGCUACCAAGCAUCGACAUGUGCUAGAGGUAGGUGCUUACAUUUUAGCCGAAGAUCAAGACUAUGCUGCCGAAUGUGUUGCGGAUCGAAUUUCAGACGUGCAUUUGCUCGACAACUUUUUCGAACCUGAGGGCGUGAAGGCAUUGUUGCUGUUUUAUGGAAUGUGCCCGCCACCAGGGAUGGACACGGGAAGAUACAACGCAAAGCAUAAACAGGACAACAAUCAAGUUUGGAUCACCGAUGGGCGUAGUGGUAAAGUGACGAAGAUUUGUGUAGGAGUUUUUCGCCACAGUAACGUCAAACUUAUCGAAGCCAAAGGACUUGGUGAUGAAAUCCUAUUCACCUACAUCACAAUACCCGAAGGAUGUUCAGUUGUCUACAGCUUGGUUUCUAUGUUGGAGAAGGUUCUUAAACCAGCUAUCGAUCACAUUCGCGAUUAUGGACAUUGUAAUGAUGUUCAAAAGAGCAAUUUCAAAUACGGUGUAAAUCGGUUCAUCAACUUUCUCAAGAGCACCGAAAAGGACAUUUCACAGCGAAUCGUAUUUGAUGUAGACCGAGAUUUGUACUUAGGUUUUCUGCUGACUGCAAUUCAGGUAAAAGAAACGGUGCGCGAUCGAGAACGGAUGGGUCGUGUGGAGCAAAUUUUCAGUAGAUGGAUGGAGCAAAUUCAGUACGCUCUUACGCAGGGCGAUCAGAUAGAGCAAGCGCCCCAUUACGCUGGGCCACUCGUGGAGUUAGAAUAUUGGCGUACUAUACUGACGCGCUAUACAUCGAUCAGUGAAUUUACGGAGAGCAAAGUUUUUCUACAAUUUUUGGAAUCCUUAAAAAUAUCUCGUGGCAAGUUGGUGAAAGUUUGGGAAGGAUUAGCGGCAGAAUUAUCAAAAAAAUUGAUUGAGUCUCGGGACAACGUGCGUUUCAUCAGCUCAAUCGAACGUUUUUGGGAUCCUCUGUAUCGGUGUGAACCACACGAAGCAACGCGUAGCAUUCCAAGCUUGAUGGAAGUCAUUCGUCACGUAUUCAAGUCAUCCAUGUAUUACAACACGACGGAUCGCAUCACAGGGCUGCUGACAAAAAUCGCCAAUCAGAUCAUCAUAAACUGUCGAUUAUUUCUUACUGAUCGUGGAAAGAUACGGAUUUAUCAUCAGCCCAAGAAAGUACUGAUCAGUAAAAUUAUCAUUUGUCACAAUUUGGAUGCUGCUUUUCGAGAUAGCUAUGCUCAAACGGUACAGAAAAUGACGGAAAACCCGACUGAAACACCAUGGGAAUGCUCACAAGUGUUUAUUUUUGGAAAAUUAAACCACUUCAAGUUACGGUUGGCACGAAUACUAGAAGUAAUGGAGUUGUAUCUGAAGUAUGAAGUUAUCGACCGGGUGGCCAUAUCUGGCACGGAAGUUUUCUCGGGACGAAUUAAGGCAGCGUACGAAACACUCACCUCGAAGCCUUACGAUCCCCUGAUUUACACCGAACAUCAGUUCGAUACCGAUUAUGAAUGUUAUCUGAAAGAAGUAGAAACAGCUGAAUCAGGUCUUCAAAAGUUUCUCAAACAUCAACUUAUCAACGAGCGUACCGUCGAUAGUAGUCUUUUGAUCUUACGAAGAUUCGAGAAGUUGCAACUGGACUGUUUGUGCAUCGAUCGUCGCUAUCUGGAUGUCGCAAUGAUGCUGGAAAGCGAAAUUUUUCAACUCAAGGAUAUCUACAACGAGCAUCGGGCGAAUCCACCAGUACCGUACGGUGUCCCGGAAACGGUGGGUCGCAUCAUGUGGGCUCGAGCGCUAUUUCGUCAAAUGGAUGUACCGCUUGGUGCCCUUAAAAAUAGAACGUGUGUCUUAAACCACCGAAAGGCGCAACUCUGUAUCAAAUAUUAUAACUAUCUGUGUGAAGUGUUGAUUCACUACGAGUUGCUGCAUCACAAAGCAUGGAUGAUGUUUGCAGAACAAGCUAGAACUAAACUGUCAACACCGGUGUACCGCAAACGUUCUACCGAUAACUGGUUGGAGCUCAACUUUCAUCCAUGGAUCAAGCAAGUCAUCAGGGAAACGGAAGUUAUACUUAAGCUCGGUUUAAGUGCACCAGAUUUUACGAUUGUACUGGUACAGAGCAAAGAGAAAAUUUAUCAAUGCUUUGAAAGGACCAAGCAUCUAUUGCAGAGAAACAAUACACUACGUUUAGCCAUUCCAGCGAUAUUUCUGCCAUUGAUGAGAACAAUGUUGGUGAAAUUAGACGAAGUUUUCUUGCCAGGGCUGUGCGUCAUUACAUGGGAAUCUUUGAACGUUGAUAAAUAUCUGGAUGAUGUCGAAAAUACGCUAGUAGAAACGGAACAGUUCUACAAGGAAGUUCACGACAUUUGGCAGGCGCGCGUGGAAGAUACCUUGAAUUCCUUUGAAAGCACCGACCUUCUGACGCUCCCGACUGACCCUGUUGAUCCGAACGAAUUUUACGAAAUGAACAUUCGAUAUCGUCAAUCGGUGCAAGUUUACUUAGAAAAAAAGUCUCAGGCUAUGGAAGGGGCAGUUAUAGAGUUGAUUAAUAAGUUUGUCCAUAAAAUAGAUGUUCCCGAUAGGGAUGAUCGUGGAAAUCGACGAUAUCAACUUCCUCUGGAUGAAAUCAAUGAUGAAAAUAGGCGCAACGAAGAGCAACUCCCAACCGAUAAGUUUGAUUGGAUACGCUUCGACAAACUGUAUAAAACGCCUGCUAAUCCAACACCAGAAGCACAUCUGGAAGCUCUUUUCCAGGACUAUGGAGGGCUCAAUUACGACGUUAGUACACUGCACAUUGACUGCAUGGAGCUGUUUGCAUAUUUCAACAAUCGAAUCAUAAAUGUUUUCGUACGUAUGGUGAAAAAUUCAUUGGAAAAGCUACGCUCUCGGCUAGAACUAGUGCGUCUACAGCUAAACAAGGCAGCCAUUUUAAGCGAAAUCCAACCACUCAUCGUUACCGCAAUGCAAUUGCAGGCCGACUGCUGUGACAUAAUGCCCUCGCUAGAAGAUAUACAGCUUUCGUUCGAAAGAGUUGUGCUGAAUGUGGUCGAAACUUUCUACGCUAUUUCGACUUGGGGCCGUCAGGCAAAGUCGGCAGAGAGAAAAACCCGACGCCCAGUGUUGGCCGAACAGCGCGCUGAACGAGAUUGGUACAAACUCAUCUCCGAGCACAAGGAGGUGACAAGAAUGGUGCACGAAUUUGAUGGCGGAAUGUUAUUGCUGAAGCCCGAUAUAAGUUACGUAUUGAAAAAGGUCUACAACCAUUACGAAUACCUUUGGAAACAAAAUUUGUUCACUGUCCCUCUGGAAACAAAGCCGGGACUGUUCGAAAAGAUCAAGGAAGAUCUCACAUCCGUCACCUACAGUAGUCACAUCGGGCCGAUCGUCAUCAAUCUAGACGCUGUAGUUGAACUUGUACUGCGACGUUUCUACGCUUUCUACAACAUCCGAAUAGAAGAAAUAGUUGAUUUUAUCACCAAACACGAUGAAACGCUCAAACGUACGCUCACAGAUUUGGACGACAUUCGCAUGGCGAUGGACUGCUUGCAAACGGUGCAGGAGAACUUUUCCUUCAUUGACGUUGAUCUAACGUUUAUCGAGCAAACCUACCGCACACUGGCCGACUUCGAGCAGCUCGGAAUAACUCAGGAGCAAGUGGAUAACGUGUAUGGUAUUCGGGACACUUUCAAGUCAAUGGUCAAAUUGGUAGAAAAGGUCGAAAACGAUAUCAUAGCCCUGCAGGUACCACUGCAGCGAGAACUCGCGGCAGGCGUGGCAAAGUUCAACGAAGAAAUAACCGGAUUUGAUCAAGAGUUUGAAACGAGCGGCCCGAUGGAGGAAGGGAUUCCUGCAAAAGAAGCUAGCGAUCGGUUGCUCAUGUUUCAGGGUCGUUUUGAUGAGCUUUGGCGUAAGUUUGAAAUGUACGCGAACGGUGAAGCGUUCUUGGGACUGAAAGUGAACGACUAUCCGGUGUUGCACAAGCGAAAGAAAGAAUUUAAUCUGCUCAACAAACUGUAUUCAUUGUACCUGCAAGUGAUGAAAAGUAUCGAUCAGUACUACGAAACCCCAUGGCAAGAUGUGAACAUAGAGAACAUUAAUGCGGAGCUCACCGAAUUCCAAAAUCGUUGUCGAAAGCUUCCAAAAGCAAUGAAGGAUUGGCCCGCAUACAUUGAAUUGAAACAGAAGAUCGACGAUUUCAACAACAGUUGUCCACUGCUGGAGCUUAUGUGCAACGAAGCAAUGAAAGACCGCCACUGGGAAAAAAUGGAGCUGAUGCUAGAGUGCAAAUUCGAUGUGACCAAUCCGACAUUUACCCUUGGCAACAUCAUGGAAGCACCAUUGCUCAAGUUUUCCGAUGACAUCGAAGACACAUGCAUUGGCGCUGUAAAGGAGAAUGAUAUCGAUACCAAGCUGCGCACGAUCGUCGCCGAAUGGUCUACGGUGAACCUGCAAUUUGCCACCUUCAAGACGCGUGGCGAACUGCUCAUUAAACCUGCUGAAACCGUUGAAAUCAUAUCGUUACUCGAGGAUAGCAUCAUGAUUGUGAACUCACUGGCUUCAAACCGAUUCAAUGCACACUUCAAGAAGGACAUUAUGAUGUGGUUGCACAAGCUGGUAAACACUGGGGAAAUCCUAGAAAAAUGGCUACAAGUGCAGAACCUAUGGAUAUACCUCGAGGCGGUAUUCGUUGGCGGAGAUAUAUCUAAACAACUGCCACAAGAUGCCAAACGCUUCGCGGGAAUCGAUAAGAGCUGGGUGCGCAUAAUGUUUCGCGCACGAGACAAUCCAAACGUUGUGCAGUGUUGUACGGGUGAAGAUGUCAUGUCAUAUACUCUAACUUCCCUGUUGGAGCAGUUGGAAACUUGCCAAAAGUCGCUUACUGGAUAUCUCGAAUCAAAGCGACUCUUAUUCCCUCGCUUUUUCUUCAUUUCCGAUCCGGUGUUGCUCGAGAUUCUUGGUCAAAGUUCAGACCCGACCUCCAUUCAAGCGCAUCUGUUGAGCAUAUUUGAUGCUGUUGCCAAGGUGGAGUUUGAUGAAAAAACGUUCGGAAAAAUCGUUGCCCUUUAUUCGGAUAAUGGCGAGCGUGUCCCUUUGACCAAUCCCGUAUUUUGUACCGGCGGAGUAGAGAUGUGGCUCGGAAAUUUGCUAGGUGAAAUGCAAGACACCAUCCGAACGAUCCUAGCUCAGAUGGCGCAUUGUCUAGCAAGUGCUGAUUUCAACUUUAUCAUCGGAUUUCAAGAAUAUUGCGGACAAGCGGGACUCGUUGGAGUACAGCUGCUGUGGACAAACGAAGCUGAGAUCGCACUGAGUAGAUGCCGUACGGAUAAAGCGAUCAUGCGCGUUACAAACAAUAGGUUUCUUAACCUUCUGAACAGCCUCAUCGAGCUGACGGUAAAGGAUUUAACGAAGCUGGAACGCAUUCGUUUUGAAACGAUGGUCACCAUACACGUUCAUCAACGUGACAUUUUUGACGAUCUAGUUCGUUUCCGCAUUCGAACGGCCAUGGAUUUUGAGUGGCAAAAGCAGGCUAGAUUUUACUACAUCGAAGAAACAGACGAUGUGAUAGUGAAGAUAACAGAUGUCGAUUUCAUCUAUCAAAACGAGUAUCUCGGCGUUACGGAGCGAUUGGCCAUCACACCGCUAACUGAUCGGUGCUAUAUCACGCUUGCUCAAGCGAUCGGUAUGUCGAUGGGCGGAGCGCCAGCUGGACCCGCGGGAACAGGAAAAACUGAAACCACCAAGGAUAUGGGUCGGGCGCUGGGAAAAUUAGUCGUGGUCUUUAAUUGCUCCGAUCAGAUGGAUUUCCGUGGCCUUGGUCGAAUUUACAAAGGUCUCGCACAAUCCGGCUCAUGGGGUUGUUUUGAUGAGUUCAAUCGCAUCGAGCUCCCAGUGUUAUCGGUUGCAGCACAGCAGAUCCACAUCGUACUUACUGCCAGAAAGGAGAAAAAAACAUCCUUCUUAUUUAGUGAUGGCGAUACCGUUUCGUUGAAUCCGGAAUUUGGACUUUUCAUCACUAUGAACCCAGGGUAUGCAGGAAGACAGGAACUCCCAGAGAACUUGAAAAUUAUGUUUCGCUCGGUGGCCAUGAUGGUACCUGAUCGGCAGAUUAUUAUGCGUGUCAAACUGGCCAGCUGCGGUUUUAAGGACAAUGUCAUACUAGCGAGAAAAUUCUUCACGCUGUACAAACUUUGCGAAGAACAGCUUUCGAAGCAGGUGCAUUACGAUUUCGGUUUGCGUAACAUUCUAUCCGUUUUGAGAACCCUAGGUGCGCAAAAGCGAGCAAAUCCCACCGACACAGAGGAAACUAUCGUAAUGCGUGUGUUGCGUGAUAUGAAUGUGUCGAAACUUGUCGAUGAAGACGAGCCUCUGUUUAUUUCGUUGAUUGAGGAUCUAUUCCCGGGCAUCAAGCUAAGCACCUCCAGUUAUAAGGAGCUCCAGAAAGCCAUAGCAAACAGUGCAGAAUCUCUCGGACUGAUGAAUCAUCCUGAGUGGAAUUUGAAAGUAAUUCAACUGUACGAAACGUCAUUAGUGCGACACGGUCUCAUGACACUGGGACCGACCGGAGCGGGUAAGACGCAGUGCAUUCUGACACUGUUGAAAAGCUUUACCGAGCUUGGAAUGCCGCACAAAGAGAUUCGAAUGAAUCCGAAAGCAAUUACUGCUCCACAGAUGUUUGGAAGGCUGGACGUGGCUACAAAUGACUGGACAGAUGGAAUCUUCUCCACCCUGUGGCGCCGAACACUGAAGGUGAAGAAAACGGACUUUGUAUGGCUUGUGCUAGACGGGCCAGUCGAUGCAGUUUGGAUUGAGAACUUAAAUUCCGUGCUAGACGAUAACAAAACACUAACGUUGGCAAACGGCGAUCGUAUAACGAUGGCACCGAACGCAAAGCUAGUUUUUGAACCUGACAACGUAGACAAUGCGUCACCGGCAACCGUCAGUCGUAUGGGCAUGGUGUUUAUGAGUGCAUCCGUCAUGAAGUGGGAACCAAUUUUGAACGGUUGGCUCAAAACUAAGCCAGCAGACCAAAGCGACCUGCUGCGGCGAUUGUUCCUAAAAAUCUAUAAUGACUUGCACGAAUUUGUCCAAACGAAACUGAAGGCCAAAAUGAAGAUACUGGAAGCAAUCUACAUCCGUCAGUGUUGUGAUCUUCUGGAAGGAUUGUUGGCUCCACAAAGUGAAAACGAAAUCAUAGAUUUUACGGAUGCUCAUGUGGAGCGACUGUUUUUGUUUUCGUUGAUGUGGUCAUUAGGUGCCGUGCUUGAACUGGAGGACCGCGAGAAAAUGGGAGAAUUUAUAGCAAAGCACCCGUCUAAAAUGAAAUGGCCAAAGCUGCAAUCGGGAGAAACAAUCUUCGAAUAUGUCGUAUCAACAGAGGGUAAUUGGCAGCAUUGGAACGAUCGAGUGGAGGAAUAUAUCUACCCCAAUGACAGUGAACCCGAAUUUGCUAGUAUCCUAGUGCCAAACGUAGACAAUGUGCGCACUUCAUUCCUGAUCGACUUGGUGGCCCGACAAAGUAAAGCGGUUCUGUUGAUUGGCGAACAAGGUACCGGGAAAACCGUCAUGAUCAAGGGUUACAUGCUACAAUACGAUCCCGAAUAUCACCUCUCGAAAAGCUUAAACUUUUCUUCUGCCACCACGCCGAACAUGUUUCAGCGCAUUAUCGAGUCGUACGUAGAGAAGCGCGUCGGAACAACUUACGGUCCACCUCAACAGCGCAAGAUGUCCAUCUUUAUCGACGAUGUCAAUAUGCCGAUCGUAAACGAAUGGGGUGACCAAGUGACGAACGAAAUCGUGCGCCAGCUAAUGGAGAAUCAUGGCUUCUACUCCUUGGAUAAACCCGGCGAUUUCUUAACAGUGCUAGAUAUUCAAAUGCUGGCCGCGAUGAUUCAUCCAGGUGGUGGCAGAAAUGACAUACCACCGCGAUUAAAACGCCAAUUUUGCAUUUUUAACUGUGCCAUUCCAAGCAACAAAUCGAUGGACAAGAUAUUUGGCGUGCUUGGUGAAGGAUACUUUUGCGAUACUCGAUUCAACGAUGUGGUGGUUCGGUUUAUUCCUCGGCUUGUGCCACUGACACGCAAAAUUUGGCAGGCGACAAAGGUGAAGAUGCUGCCAACGCCGGCCAAAUUCCAUUACGUGUUCAACCUCCGCGAUCUUUCACGCAUUUGGGAAGGCAUGUUGAAAGUUAAAUCAGAACAGUGCAAUACCAUCCGAACAGCCAUCAACCUUUGGAGACACGAAUGUACACGGGUGAUAGCGGAUCGAUUUACUAAUUUUGAGGACCGUAAUUGGUUUGUGGACAACUUGCGAUCGACUGCUGAAAAGGAACUGGGACCUGACUUUGAACACUAUCAGGAUGAAGAACAAUUCUUUGUGGAUUUCCUACGAGAUGCACCCGAACCAACUGGUGACGAAGGUGACGAUGUUAGUCUAGAGCCACCCAAGUUGUACGAAGAAAUGCCUGGAUUCGAAGAAACGACGGCACGAGUUAAAAUGUUUCUUGAGCAGUACAACGAGCUGAUACGUGGAGCUACAAUGGACUUGGUGUUCUUCCGUGACGCCCUAAUCCACAUGAUGAUCAUUUCACGUAUAAUGGGCACCCCGCGCGGAAAUGCGCUGCUUGUCGGUGUAGGCGGCUCAGGAAAACAGAGUUUAACUCGUCUGGCAUCUUUCAUUGCUGGGUACAAGUUUUAUCAAAUCACUUUGACAAGGGCGUAUAAUGUGAACAACCUCAUGGAGGAUCUCAAGUAUCUGUAUCGCGUGGCUGGAGUUGACGGUCAAGGAAUAACAUUCAUUUUUACCGAUAAUGACAUUAAGGAUGAAGGCUUUCUGGAGUACAUUAACAACGUGCUAAGUUCUGGUGAGAUUGCCAACCUAUUCCCGAAGGACGAAAUCGAUCAAAUCACAAAUGAGCUGAUACCGGUGAUGAAAAAAGUUGAUCCCAAGCGAAUUCCGACGCAGGACAAUCUGUACGAUUUCUUCAUCUCUAGAGCACGGGCAAAUCUGCACAUCGUUCUUUGUUUCUCGCCAGUCGGAGAAAAGUUCCGAAACCGAUCACUCAAGUUCCCCGGUCUCAUCUCAGGCUGCACUAUCGAUUGGUUCCAACGAUGGCCCGAGGAUGCGCUCAUCGCUGUAUCGACGCAUUUCCUGCGCGACUACAAUAUCGUCUGCACGGCCGACAUUAAGGUGCGCUUGAUCGAAAUCAUGGCUUUCGUACAGAACCGCGUUGCGGAAGUGUGCAUCGAAUACUUUGAGCGAUUCCGUCGACAAGCGCACGUAACUCCCAAAUCGUUCCUUUCGUUCUUGGAAGGUUACAAAGUGAUCUACAGACAGAAGCACGAAAAUAUUGCCAUUCUUGCAGGCCGUAUGCAAACUGGACUGGUGAAGCUUAUUGAGGCGGCCGAAUCCGUUGAUGUGUUACGAGUAGAAUUGGAGGAAAAGGAGAAAGAUAUCGUCAUUGCCACCAAAGCAGCGGAAGUGGUAUUAGCUUCCGUGACAGAGUCCCAGCGUGCUGCCGAAUUGGUGAAGGCUGACGUAAUGGUGGUUAAAAACAAAGCCGACAUCCUGGUAGACCAAAUACAGGCCGACACACUGGUUGCAGAGGAAAAACUCGAAGCUGCAAGACCAGCGCUGGAACAGGCCGAGGCUGCCUUGAAAACUGUAACUGGCGCCGACAUUGCGACGGUACGAAAGUUGGGCAAGCCACCGUAUUUGAUCACAUUGAUUAUGGACGUGGUGCUCAUACUGUUUGGAAGAAGAGUGGCACCUGUUAAACCGGACGAGGAACGCCAAUUCAUGUUGGCCUCCUGGGAACAAUCGCUAAAGGUAAUGGCUGACACUGGCUUCCUUGGAAAAAUUGUUCGUUACCAGGCUGAUCUUAUUAACGCCGAAACGGUAGAUCUUAUGAUGCCGUAUUUUAACUAUCAUCUAUACACUUUUGAGGCGGCCAAAGCAGCUUGCGGUAAUGUGGCCGGUCUGCUCAAAUGGACUGUUGCAAUGGCCGACUUCUACGACGUAAAUAAGGACGUUUUACCCCUAAAAGCCAACUUGGCGCGGCAACAAAAGAAACUAGACAUUGCCAUGGCUGAGAAAGGCGCCGCAGAGGCACUUCUAAAAGCAAAGGAGGAGGAACUGGCCGUUGUGCAACAAAUGUUUGACGAGGCUAUGGCAAAGAAAAAAGCCGUCCUAGAUGAUGCGAAGCUAUGUCAAGAUAAGAUGGAUGCAGCCUCUGCACUGAUUGAUGGAUUAGCUGACGAACGAGUGCGCUGGACGGAGCAACUGGAACAAUUUAAGGACGAAACCGAACGACUUGUUGGAGAUGUCCUGAUUUUAACAGGCUUCCUUUCAUACACUGGACCGUUUAAUCAGGAGUACCGUACAGUACUGCAGACAAGUUGGCAAAACGAGCUGAGCCGACGCAGAAUUCCAGUGUCUCGCAGUAUCAACAUCACGGAAAGUCUUACCGAUCCUGCCACCAUAGGAGAGUGGAAUUUACAGGGCCUACCAAAUGAUGAGCUUUCGAUUCAGAAUGGAAUCAUUGUGACAAAAGCAGCCCGCUACCCCUUGCUUAUAGAUCCACAGUCGCAAGGAAAAAUGUGGAUAAGAAGUAAAGAAAACGAUUUUGGGCUAGUGGUAACCUCUCUAAACCACAAGUACUUCCGUAACCACAUUGAGGACUGUGUUUCACUUGGCUACCCGAUGCUGAUAGAGGACAUCGGUGAAGAACUCGAUCCCGUACUGGAUAAUGUUCUGGAAAAGAACUUUAUCAAAAUGGGCAAUACGUACAAGGUGAAGGUAGGCGACAAGGAGGUCGAUGUAAACGAUUCGUUCCGCAUGUACAUGACCACAAAACUUCCGAACCCGCUUUACACGCCUGAAGUAUCUGCUCGAACGUCGAUAAUUGACUUUACAGUUACGAUGCGCGGACUCGAGGAUCAAUUGCUCGGCCGAGUGAUUCUUACAGAGAAACGGGAGCUCGAAUCAGAACGUACCAAUCUGAUUAAAGACGUCACCACAAACCGUCGAAAAAUGCAGGAACUGGAAGCCAAUCUGCUGCACAAGUUGUCCACUACACAAGGCAGCCUGGUAGACGAUGUGACAGUUAUCGGAGUGCUGAAUACAAGUAAAAUAACGUCGAUAGAAGUUCGGGAGAAACUGAAGAUUGCCCGAGAAACGGAGAUUAAAAUCAAUCGAGCUCGUGAAGAGUAUCGACCGGUGGCUGCAAGAGGCAGCGUACUAUACUUUCUCAUAUGCAGUAUGACCAUGGUGAACAACAUGUAUCAAACGUCACUAGUACAGUUCCUGGAACGGUUUGAUAUUUCAAUGUUACGCUCUGAUCGACAUCCAGUGCCAACCAGACGCAUCAAUAACAUCAUCGAAUACCUCACAUACGAUAUAUUCCGCUAUGUUUGCCGUGGAUUGUACGAAGUGCACAAAUACCUCUUUGUCCUACUGAUGGCACUAAACAUUGAUCUGGACCGAAAAACAGUUACGCAUGCAGAGUUCCAAACCUUCAUCAAGGGAGGCGCUGCAUUGGACAUCAACACAUGUCCAGAAAAGCCAUACAAAUGGAUCGCCGAUGUGACCUGGUUAAAUUUGGUGCAACUCUCUAAACUUGAUCAUUUCGGUGCCAUUCUGGACAGCAUACGAAACAAUGAGAAGGGUUGGAAAGCUUGGUUCUCAAAAGAAGCACCCGAAGAAGAGCCGUUACCACCGGAAGGAGGCUACCAGUCGAUGGAUGCCUUCCGACGCUUGCUGCUUAUACGAGCCUGGUGUCCGGACAGAACACUGUUCCAAAGUCGUCGGUAUCUGGGCAUGUCACUAGGUGAACGUUUUGCCGAUCCAGUUAUCAUCAACUAUGAUGCACUGCUGGAAGAAAGUCGGCCCUUGACACCAUUAGUUUGCUUUUUGUCUAUGGGCUCCGAUCCCACGCCAAGCAUUGAGAAUUUGGCCAAAAAGAACGGAUUCAAGUGUCGCUCUAUUUCGAUGGGCCAAGGACAGGAGGUGCAUGCCCGCAAGCUUGUAGGCACCUCAUUAGAAGAAGGUUCUUGGGUGUUGCUGCAGAACUGCCAUCUCGGAUUGGAAUACAUGAAUGAGCUGAUGCUUCAGAUACUGGAUUUGGAACGAGCCGGCCCCACGACGUAUCAUGAAAAUUUCCGUAUUUGGAUGACGACCGAACCACAUCCCCAGUUUCCAAUCACAUUUCUACAGAUGGCCCUGAAAUUCACCAACGAACCACCGUCCGGGGUGAAGGCAGGUUUGAAACGUACCUACGCAUCAAUGUCCAUAGAGAUGUUUGAAUACAGUGAUUCUCCGCUGUAUGUGCCACUGAUAUACGGCAUUUCGUUUCUGCAUACGGUUGUGCAAGAACGACGGAAGUUUGGACCGUUGGGAUGGAACAUUCCAUACGAAUUCAAUUCGGCCGAUUGGCUGGCGAGCUGCAUGUUUGUACAGAACCAUUUGGAUGCACUAGACCCUAAAAUAGGUCGUGUUAGCUGGAAAACGAUGCGUUACAUGUUGGGUGAGGUGCAGUACGGCGGACGCGUUACCGACGACUACGACAAGCGGCUACUCAAUACCUUCGCUCGCGUUUGGUUCUCCGAUGCAAUGUUUGAGGAAACAUUCCGGUUCUUCCGUGAGUAUCGUAUUAUGCGUUUCAAGACUAUCGAAGAUUAUCUGGAGGCGAUAGACAAUAUGCCACUCGUGGAUCCUCCGCAAGUUUAUGGAUUGCACUCGAACGCGGACAUUACAUACCAAAGCAAUACAACGAAAGAAAUUUUAGAUACAAUUCUAUCGAUUCAACCAAAAGAAUCAUCCGGUGGUGGUGGCGAGACGCGUGAAGUAACCGUAGCACGGAUGGUGCACGACAUGUUGGGCAAGGUGCCUCCUCCGUACGAUCCGUACGCUGUGAAGGAACGAUUACGCAUCAUGGGCCACCAAGAGUCAAUGAAUAUCUUUUUGCGCCAGGAAAUCGACCGCAUUCAGCGCAUCCUGUUGCUCGUACGACAAACAUUAGACGAUCUACUGCUAGCUAUCGACGGAGUCAUUAUAAUGAAUGAACAGCUCCGCGAUGCACUGGACAACAUCUACGAUGCCCGUGUGCCGACCGUCUGGAAGCGAGGUAGCUGGGCUUCGGCAUCGCUUGGCUUCUGGUUCACCGAGCUUAUCGAGAGAAACACACAAUUCUAUAACUGGUGUUUCCGGAAGCGGCCCAACAUGUUCUGGAUGACAGGAUUUUUCAACCCGCAAGGAUUUUUAACGGCCAUGCGACAGGAAGUGGCUCGUGCACACAAAGGGUGGGCAUUAGAUAUGAUCACGCUUCAUAACGACGUCACACAGAUGCUCACCGAGGAGUGCAAGGUAACACCACCGGAAGGAGUGUAUGUUUAUGGUCUGUACAUCGAUGGAGCUGGAUGGGACAAACGGUUUAUUCGUCUGCAGGAAGCUACUAACAAAGUUCUCUACUCACCCAUGCCUGUCAUACAUGUUUACGCCAUCAACUCCACGGCACCGAAAGAUCCAAAGCUGUACGAGUGUCCAGUUUACAAGAAAGCCAAUCGAACUGAUUUGAAUUACAUUACUCCACUGUGGUUACAAACAGCGAAACCACCGGAACAUUGGGUUCUUCGCGGAGUUGCACUUUUGUGUGAUAUCAAGUAA